AUGGAAAUUAUAGAAAAUAUUGAAGAAUUGGCACCACAAGUUUUAUUUAAUUUUAAAAAUAGUGGUAGUAAUAUAUUGGUUGGAAGUCCAAAUUUAUUUGGUGGAAUUUUACACCAUAAUGGAAAUGGAAUUGGAAAUACAAAUGAUUCUCCAUUCAAAAAAACUGCUAAAUCCAAUUCAACCACAAAUUUAUUAUCUUCUUCUUUGCCAUCUUUAAGUACUACAAGACCAAUAAUCUCGUCAAUUAAAAAUAUUAAUAAUAAUAAUAAUAAUAAUAAUAAUAAUAAUAAUAAUAAUAAUAAUAAUAAUAAUAAUAAUAAUAAUAAUAAUAAUAAUAAUAAUAAUAAUAAUUAUAAUAAUAAUAAUAAUAAUAAUAAUAACGAAUUUGACUUUGUUCCUUCAUCUCCAAGUAGAACCUUAUUAUCGUCCUCUUUAAAUAAUUCAAUCCUAAGUAGCAAUAUCAAUCAGAAUUCAAUUAGUAAGCCAUCUUCCCCAUUGUUUCCAGAGGUUCCAAAUGAAGCACCAAUUCCAACGGUCUUUUCUUUUGGUUCUUCAAAGAAUUCUUUGAUUCCAUCCUCACCACUUUCCAAUUCUUCUGACGUUCUCUUAGGAAGCUCCUCUGAUGCUUUUGGUUCAAUAUUAUCUUCAUCGCCAUCACAUUCAGUUCCUUCAUCACCACCAACUUUUUCAAAAAAUAAAAAUACGAAUAAUAAUAAUAAUAAUAAUAAUAAUAAUAAUAAUAUAUUUAAUAAUAAUAAUAAUAAUAAUAUUAAUAAUAUAAAUAAUAUAAAUAAUAAUAAUAAUAAUAAUAUAAAUAAUAAUAAUAAUAAUAAUAAUAUAAAUAAUAAUAAUAAUAAUAAUAAUAAUAAUUCAAUUAAAUUUCAUAACUAUAAUGGUAACCCUAUUUCACCAUCAACAAGUUAUUCCAAUUUAUUAUCAACAUCACCAAAUGUGUCAUCUGCAUCAUUAAACAGUGCAUUUAAAUCUUGUACCAUUAGCUCACCAAAUAUUAAUAGUGGUUCUUCACCAACCUUAUUUUCAUCAAAUAAUAAUAAUAAUAAUAAUAAUAAUAAUAAUAGCAAUAAUAAUAAUAAUUCAAUACAAUGUACAUUAAAUGAAUGUUUAUUAUGUUUAAGAGGACAACCAGAAGUAUUAAUUAAAUCACCAACAUGGGCAAGUAUAAUGCGUGUUGUAUUCUUUACUCUCCAUAAUGAAAUGCCAGAUAAACAAUUCUUUUCAUUAAAAACUGAUGUAUAUGAUUUUAUGACUGGCCAUUGGGAUAUCCUAUGCUUAAACAAGAAAAAGUCUGACAACUGGCAUAAACAAAUCCAAGAUAUGUUAAGUCAUAGUAAAAAUAUUUUUGAAUCUGGUAUGGAUAAAUUUAAACAAAAUGGCUUUUGGAGAUUAAAACAAAAUGUUGAUCCAUGGGUAUUACCACAAAAAGGUAAUAGAAAAGGUUCCUCUUCAAAUUGCGCUUCACCAGCUUCCAGUGCUCUCUCACCAUUAUCAUCAUCAUCUGGAUUCGUUCCAACUUUGGGUUCUCCAUUAAUACUCUCUUCUGCCAGCCCUUCAAAAUUAUAUUCCAGAAUUUUCUCUGAUGAAAUAUCAAUUAGCAAUGGUGGUAGAAAAAGAUCACUCUCUGCAAUUGACCCACAUACUUCUUCAUCUUCUUUGUCAGCUUCAUCUCCUUCAAUUUUGAAUUCACCAUCACUUGAUAUUCAAAUGGAUCUUGAAAUUAGAAAAAAGAGAAAUUCAAGUUCAGACUAUUACUCUGGUGCCACCUCUAGUCGUAGUUUAAAUAAUAGUUGUCAAAAUAGUCCAUUAGUUAACUCUUCUCCAAUUAAAUCCUCCACUACUUAUAAAAAUAACCAUAGCAAACAACAUCAUAGUUCUUUGUUUAACUCUAAUGAUUCUGAAUUGUACAUUGAUGAAGAUCAAUAA